AUGGAAGAGCGGCGCAACACCUCAGGACUGACAAACAGACCCCGAGCAGAUCAGGGAAGACCUAACAUGCAGCAACAAGGGUGCGCCAGGGAACAAGGAGAAGCUCGGGAGGAAGAGAACAAAGGCAAUGCAGCCAUCAGGGACAUAGGCAUGAUCUAUGGAGGGCCUACUAAUGGAGAUUCAGGCAGGGCACGUAUGAGCGUCGGUUGGAGAUCCAUGCUCUUUGGACCGCAAGACUUGGAGGGGCUGGAGCUGCCUCAUGAUGAUGCCCUCAUCAUCAAAGUCGUGAUCACCAACAGCCGCGUGGGCAGGGUCUUCGUUGACACCGGGAGCUCUGUCAACGUAUUGUUUAGGUCUGCUUUCGAAGAAAUGCAGAUCGACGUCAGCGAGCUUCAGCCGGUGACUACUUCUUUAUAUGGUUUUACUGGCAACGAAGUAAAACCCAUGGGACAGAUCAAGUUGGCCAUAUCCUUGGGAGUGAGUUGUUAG